CGUUCAUUUUGGCAGCGGCAAGUGGAUACAGAGACACCGGGUUACAGGAAUCCUCCACUCCCUCCCACUCGCAUUAAGAAAGUCAUAAAUAACGAUCCAGACGUGAACUUGAAGGUAUGUCGCUCCAUCAUAAAACACUUCCAAGUGUUCGCUAACUACAUUCACACCGAACUUAGUUGCAGGUGUACGUGUUACCAAUAA